UUCCAUCCCUGCCUAAGAUCAUUUAGCUAAUCAACCCCAGCUCCAUGCAUCUCUAACAAAGGAACAACAUCAGCUGGCAGCUCCCAGUGAUCUCCUUCUGCCUGCCAGAUUGCAUUGAUCUCUCCAGGCCAAUUGUGUGCAGGCACAUCAUCGUUGAUCCUUGCAAGCUUCUAGUGCUUUAAUUUGCUAGAGUUCUGCCGCAGCUAGCCAUGGAUCUGGCGACGACCCCGGCGCGGCGGCCCAUGGAGCCCGGUCUGGCGCGGCGUCUGUGGCACGUGGUGCUGGCCGUGUGCCACAUGCUGCGGCGCGGCCUGUCCCCGAAGCGCAUCAUGAUGGACGUCCACCUCCUCCUAGGCCGCGGCAAGCUCGUCGGCCGGACGCUGCGCGGCCACCUCGCGCACCACCCGUCGUCGAGCCACCACCGCCGCCAUCACGGCCACCACCUCACCAACUACGUCGGCGCGUCGUCGUCGUCGUCCACGCUCGCCUCGUUCUACGGCCACCCCCGGGAGGUGGAGUUCAGCUGCACCACCACGCCGUCGUACCCGCAGGGGCUCUUCUUCCCGUUCAAGGGCCGCGGCGGCCGUGGUGGGGCGCGCGGCGACCAGUACGGCGGCCUAGACGCGGCGGCCGUGGCGCGCGCGUUCGAGAUGCUCAGCGCCGAGGUGGACGGCGGCGGCGGCGGCACCGGCACCCCCGCGGUCGCGCCGUCGCCCAUGGUGGCCACCGCGACGCCGUCGCCCAUGGUGGCCUGGAUCCUGGGCCGCAGCCCCGCCGGUGUCCGCCCGCUGCGCGUCACCGACUCGCCGUUCCCCGCCGUUCCCGAGGACGGGUGCUGCAACGAGCGCGUCGACGCCGAGGCCGACGACUUCAUCCGCAAGUUCUACGAGCAGCUCAGGCUGCAGCCUACCGCCGCCACGCCCACCCCCGACGCCUACCAUCGCCGGCGCCGCGGUUAGCUAAGCUAUAGCUGGCUCGUCUCGUCUUGUCCGUGGUGGCAUGCAUGCAUGCAUGCAUGGUCGAAUCGAUUGCCAUUGCGACGCCAACGCGCGCCGGCCGCGCGAAUCCAUUAUUGUUUACCACCAGAGGAUAUAUGCACAUCUGGGUCGUAUUCCUAUUGUUGGUUUUUAUGUUAGUUUGGUGAUCGAUCAUCAUCCGGAUCCAUUCGGGGGGCUAAUUUAUUGUAGAAUUUGAGUGGUAAUGGCGAAGCCGGGUAGAUCAUGCGAAAUAUUGUUCACCAACUUGUUUAAAUCUGCAAUAGUUUUCAGUGUUUUCAGAGCAAACAUGUUCUUGGAUCGCGUUGAGGUAAGUAUAUAGGUAACUCGGUAACGUGCAGCAGAUCGGAAGCUGCAACAUUGGAAUGUUGGUUUGUUCCGUCACGUCACCUGGAUCUGGCACAAGCGAAGCGAAGCAAGGAAAGCACCGACGCGGAGUUUGGGUCACUGCUGCCAGCCAUGUGAUUCUUAUCUUAAUCGUCUCUGGACAAGGAUACGGUUAACACGCUGCCAAGAAAGCAGGACAAGAAUCCCAUGCAGUGUGCGUUUCCGGUGCUAAGCAAACGCUGCCCUUUGCUCUCGACAAUCUGGGACACAAGAAUCAAUUAUUCGAGCAUAACCUUUGUCUCUCAUAGUUCCAGAUCCUCUCACCUGCGUCCCUGGUUGCCUGCCUGCCUAUAGCUACCUUCUAUUAUUCUAGUAUCUGGCUGCCGAUUUCUUUAAACCACUGUUGAAAAACACUGAAAUGAAUCUAGGAAUAGAAACUCUCUGAAUAAUAGACAGGUUCCACCGUAAAAAACUCAACUAACCGAGUUAAUUACAUCUACACUCAGUUCAUGACUAGUGAUUAGUACCGCCGAUUAUGUGAUAUUGAAAAAGCUACAUUUAUUGAAACUCAA